AUGUUCUCGCUCCGCACCAAGGCCCGAGUCUUUGCGCGUGGCAUGGCCACUGCGGCCCCACGCAUCGGCGACAAGAAGGUCUCGAUGUCCCCGCUCGAGCCGAACAACUACAUCAACUACCAGCGCAUUGAGGAUACCUUGGCUGUUGUCCGCCAGAGACUGAACCGGCCAUUGACGCUGUCCGAGAAGAUCCUCUACGGCCACUUGGACGAUCCCGCGAACCAGGACAUUACGCGCGGAGUGAGCUACCUGAAGCUGCGGCCGGACCGUGUUGCGUGCCAGGAUGCCACUGCCCAGAUGGCCCUUUUGCAAUUCAUGUCCGCCGGAAUGCCCACUACUGCCGUCCCCACCACCGUCCACUGCGACCAUCUUAUCGAGGCUCAGGUCGGAGGCGCAAAGGAUCUUGCACGUGCCAUCGACAUCAACAAGGAGGUCUAUGACUUUUUGGCCACUGCUACCGCCAAGUACGGCAUUGGGUUCUGGAAACCAGGCUCUGGUAUCAUCCACCAGAUCAUCCUCGAGAACUAUGCCUUCCCCGGUGGUCUUAUGAUCGGUACCGACUCGCACACCCCCAACGCGGGUGGUCUCGGUAUGAUCGCGUGCGGUGUCGGUGGUGCCGAUGCCGUCGAUGUCAUGGCCAACAUUCCCUGGGAACUCAAGUGCCCCAAGGUCAUUGGCGUCAACUUGACUGGCAAGAUUGGCGGAUGGACUACUCCCAAGGACGUCAUUCUCAAGGUCGCCGGUAUCCUCACCGUCAAGGGUGGAACUGGUGCCAUUGUCGAAUACACCGGUCCAGGUGUCGAGUCCUUGUCCUGCACAGGCAUGGCCACUAUUUGCAACAUGGGUGCCGAAAUCGGUGCAACUACCUCUCUCUUCCCUUACAACGAACGCAUGGGCGACUAUCUCCGCGCAACUAAGCGUGGCGAGAUUGCCUCGUACGCCAAGUCCUUCCAGCACAAUCUCCAGCCCGACAAAGGCGCCGAAUACGACCAGCAGAUCGAGAUCAACCUGUCCGAGCUCGAGCCUCACAUCAACGGUCCGUUCACCCCCGACUUGGCCACUCCCAUCUCCAAGUUUGCCGAGGCGGUCAAGAAGAACAACUGGCCUCAGGAGCUCAAGGUCGCGUUGAUUGGAUCUUGCACUAACUCGUCCUACGAGGACAUGUCUCGUUCCGCUGCCAUUGCCAACGAAGCCUCUUCCCACGGUCUGUCCACCAAGAGCAAGUUCACGAUCACUCCUGGAUCGGAGCAGGUCCGUGCCACCAUUGCCCGCGACGGUCAGAUCGAGGCAUUUGAAAAGGUUGGAGGUGUUGUGUUGGCCAAUGCUUGCGGACCUUGCAUCGGUCAAUGGGAUCGCAAGGACGUAAAGAAGGGAGACGUCAACUCGAUCAUCACAUCCUACAACCGUAACUUUACCGGUCGUAACGAUGCCAACCCUGCCACCCACGCAUUCGUCGCUUCUCCCGACAUUGUCACCGCCUUGGCCUUUGCCGGCGACUUGACCUUUAACCCCUUGAAGGACGAGUUGACUGGAUCCGAUGGCAAAAAGUUCAAGUUCUCCGACCCGAGUGGAAAUGAACUUCCACCUAGGGGGUACGACCCGGGUGAAGACACCUUCCAGGCACCGCCCGAGGACAGGGCUAGCGUCAACGUCGCCGUCGACCCCAAGUCUGACCGUCUCCAGCUCUUGAAGCCCUUCCAGCCAUGGGACGGCAAGGCGCCCAAGAACUUGCCAGUUUUGAUCAAGGUCCAGGGCAAAUGCACUACCGACCACAUCUCGGCUGGUGGACCGUGGUUGAAGUACCGUGGACACUUGCAGAACAUUUCGCAAAAUUGCUUGAUUGGCGCGAUCAACUCUGCCAAUGGCGAGGCGAACAAGGUUCAGAACUUGGAUACCGGCAAGUGGGGUGGUGUUCCCCAGGUUGCGGCCGAGUACCGUGACAAGGGCGUCAAGUGGGUUGUCAUUGGCGAUCACAACUAUGGUGAAGGUUCCUCUCGUGAGCACGCCGCUCUCGAACCCCGCUACCUCGGCGGCCUCGCCAUCAUCGUGCGCUCGUUUGCCCGUAUCCACGAGACCAACUUGAAGAAGCAAGGCAUGCUCGCGCUCACCUUUGUCGACCCGGCCGACUAUGACAAGAUCCAGCCCACGGACCGAGUCGACAUUGAGGGCCUCGAGUCGUUUGCGCCGGCAAGAACUGACCCUUGUCGCGCGCCACGAAGACGGGAGCAAGGACAAGAUUCCGUUGGCCCACUCGUUCAACCAGGGACAGAUUGA